AUGCAACAAAUAGCAGCAGAUUUCCAUGACGUUUUCACUGGAGAAGGAAAAUUUGAGAAGAAACUUCACUUAGAGUUGGACAUAACCAUUGAACCAGUGAAACAGCCUGUUAGAAGGAUUCCAGUGGCAAUGAAACCCAAGUUAAAGCAAGAGCUCACUCGUCUCGAAGAACUUGGUGUUAUCAAAGCAGUUGACACUCCAACAGAUUGGGUCUCAAGCUUGGUACUUGUUAAGAAGCCCAACGGCAAGCUUCGCGUGUGUAUCGACCCUCAGCCACUAAAUAAGGCUUUGAAACGCAGCCACUACCCUCUUCCGGUUAUCGACGAUCUCCUGCCGGACUUGUCAAAAGCUAAAGUCUUCAGUGUGUGUGACGUUAAAAACGGGUUUUGGCAUGUCGAGUUAGAUGAAGAUUCAAGCUAUCUAACAACGUUUGGCACUCCAUUUGGUCGGUACCGGUGGCUGAAGAUGCCAUUUGGCAUAUCACCCGCACCGGAAUAUUUCCAACAUCGUUUGGAUCAAGCCAUCGAAGGCCUUCCCGGUGUGCGCACAGUUGCAGACGACAUCCUCAUCUCGGGUGAAGGUGACACUGUGCAAGAAGCAGUGAAAGAUCACGACAAAAAACUGCUAACUCUACUUGAAAGGUGCCGCGAAAAGGGAGUGAAACUGAACAAGGAGAAGUUCAAGUUGAAGAUGACAGAAAUCCCCUACGUUGGUCAUGUGUUAACAAGAGAUGGACUAAAACCAGACCCAUCCAAAAUAGACGCCAUCAAAGGCAUGAGGCGACCAACAGAUGUGAAAGGUGUACAGCGGCUUGUUGGUAUAGCGAAUUACCUGACGAGAUUCUUAAAAAAGCUGGCAGACAUUUGCGAACCUCUUCGACAGCUAACGCGCAAGGAUGCAGAAUGGCACUGGAGCGACGUCCAUGAGAGCGCCUUUAAGAAGAUCAAAGAAGCAGCUUCCCAAGCACCUGUCCUCCGAUACUUUGAUCCCGCCAAAGAGACUGUACUUCAAUGCGACGCCUCGGACACUGGACUUGGAGCUACGCUUUUACAAAAUGGUCAGCCAGUGGCAUACGCAUCGCGAUCCCUGACGGAUACAGAACGCAACUAUGCGCAAAUAGAGAAAGAACUGCUAGCCAUAGUGUUUGGAGCCGAGAAGUUCAACCAAUACACUUAUGGUCGCAAAGUGAUUGUUGAGAGCGACCAUAAACCACUUGAAGUUAUUUACCGCAAACCUCUCGUGGCCGCCCCCAAGCGUCUACAACGAAUGCUACUUCGCCUGCAGAAGUAUAACCUCGAAAUUGGUUUCAAGCCAGGCCAGCACAUGUAUCUGGCAGACACACUCUCUAGAGCACCCCUUCCCAACACCACAUCGCGCGAUGAAGUGCUAACCAUCGACAAAGAAGUUGAAGAAAUACAUAUGGUCGAGUUUCUGCCACUCCGCAAAGCUAGCCUAGACGAUAUCCGUAAAGAAAGUCUGCGAGACAGCACGAUGCAAGCACUUCAGAAAGUCAUUCGAGAAGGGUGGCCUGAGACCAAGAUCGAUCUCCCAAAUGACGUCACGCCAUACUUCAACGUUCGUGACGAGCUAUCAGCGCAAGAUGGAAUUAUCUUCAAAGGAGACAGAUGUGUAGUUCCAAAAUCCCUCAGACCAGAAGUCCUAUCCAGAAUCCACCGAUCACAUAUUGGCGUGGAAGGAUGCUUGAGACGCGCGAGAGAAAGCGUUUUCUGGCCAGGAAUGAACACAGCUGUGAAGAACUUUGUCAGACAGUGUGAAACUUGUCGAACCUUUGAGAUCUCCCAGCAGAAGGAAACACUCCACCCACAUGAGGUACCUGACCGGCCAUGGUCCAAGGUUGGUGUUGAUCUGUUUGAGACAAACAACCGACAUUACCUCGUGACCGUAGAUUACUACAGCAACUACUGGGAAGUCGAUAGGUUGGAGUCCAGUACAACAUCUAAAGCUGUUAUUUACAAAUUGAAGCAACACUUUGCAAGGCAUGGCAUCCCGAACACUGUGUUUUCCGACAAUGGCCCACAGUUUGAUUCGGACGAAUUAAGGAGAUUUGCUCGAGAUUGGGAAUUCAAUCAUUUAACCUCAAGUCCCGGACAUUCGCAGUCCAAUGGUAUGGCGGAAAGCGCAGUCAAGACUGUGAAAAGGCUUAUUAAGAAGGCUAACAAAGAUGGAACAGAUCCUUGGCUCGCGAUCCUCGACCACCGAAACACACCCUCAGAAGGCAUGAAAAGCAGUCCAGCACAACGACUAAUGAGUCGUCGAACAAGGACCCUACUCCCAACAAGCGAGAAGCUCCUUAAACCCAAACUCGCCGAAAAUGUCCAAGAAGAAAAAUGGAAGACAAGAACCAAGCAGGCAUUUUACUACAAUAGAAACGCUCGAGAUUUGCCACCACUGAAAACUGGAGACUCAGUGCGCAUUCAGCCCACAAGCAACCCCAAGGCGCCCUGGAAGAAAGCCACUGUUCAGGAACAGGUGAACAUGCGAUCCUACAAAGUCCUCACAGAAGAUGGCUCUGCCCUUAGACGAAAUAGAAGGCAUCUGAAAGCAACUACAAAAGAGUCUCACACGCCAACAACCCAGAUGCCCAAGCAGACAGAACUUCCCUCGCCAUCUAAACACAUUGAACAAGAAACUAACGCCAGUGGUCACUCCAGCUCAGAAGUAGCGAAGCCACAGGAGCCAGCGAUCGAGCAGCCUGCGACUGAUCUAGCAUCGCAAGCUUCCAAAGGCAACCAGACUCGCAGUGGUCGAAUAACGAAGCCCCCGUCCUAUCUGAAAGACUUUGUUCGUUAA